UGACUGUGUUUGAAUUAAAUGCUAAAACUGGGAAAGAAUCAGUUUUUGUUCUCUGCUGUAAUAUUAAAUUGUGUCUUUGUAUUUUGCCAUAUAAAUCAAGAGGUCUGUAUGCUUCAUCUUUUACACAACUUUCGAUUCUCAAAACCUCCCAACAAUAUAUAUAUAUAUAUAUAAUGGCUCAUCGGCUCUCCGGUGACAUUCCCGACAUGUCAUCAUCCGACGCCAUUGUAAAAGAAGAGAAUGAAGAAGUUGUUGUUGGGCCGUCCGAGAGGAAGUCUUCAAGGCAAAAGCUCCGACGAUACGACUCCUUGGAUUUAGAGUCACGUAAACUCCAUGGUCAUGACCAUGAUCAUUCCUAUGCCAAGGAGAAUAAUUGGAGUGUAAUCUUACAUUUAGCAUUCCAAAGCAUUGGCAUAGUGUAUGGUGACAUUGGAACGUCGCCACUGUACGUGUUCUCCAGCACGUUUCCGGACGGGAUAAAACACAACGAUGAUAUCUUAGGGGUGUUGUCGUUGAUCAUUUAUACCAUAACUUUGAUUCCUGUUAUCAAAUAUGUGUUCAUCGUUUUGAAAGCCAACGACAACGGAGAAGGGGGAACGUUCGCAUUGUACUCACUGAUAUGUCGAUAUGCCAAAGUGGGGUUGAUUCCGAAUGCGGAGGUGGAAGAUCGAGAAGUGUCAAAUUACCAAUUGAGUUUGCCGAACGAGAGAGAGAAGAGAGCUUCAAGAAUUCAAUCUAAGUUGGAGAAAAGUCAUUUUGCAAAGGUGUUUCUUCUAUUUGCAACUAUGCUUGGAACCUCCAUGGUUAUUGGUGAUGGUGUUCUUACUCCUUGUAUCUCAGUGUUAUCUGCUGUGGGAGGGAUCAAGGAGGCUACCCCUGCAAUGACAGAAGAGAGGAUUGUUUGGGCAUCAGUAGGAAUAUUGGUGUGCCUAUUCAUGGUUCAAAGAUUUGGAACAGAUAAAGUUGGAUACACUUUUGCUCCAAUUAUCUUCAUUUGGUUUGCUCUCAAUGCUUCAAUUGGUGUCUAUAACUUCAUAAAAUAUGACCCAACUGUCCUUAAGGCCUUAAAUCCAAAUUACAUUUUUCGAUUUUUCCAAAGAAACAAAAUGGAUGCUUGGAUUUCACUUGGUGGCGUUGUUCUUGCUAUUACAGGGACAGAAGCCUUGUUUGCGGAUGUCGGUCAUUUCAGCGUCCGAUCAAUUCAACUAAGCAUGUCCGCCAUUACCUACCCAGCUCUAAUCUGUGCUUAUGUUGGCCAAGCCUCGUUUCUUCGGAAGCACAACGAUCUAGUUUCAGACACAUUUUACAAGUCAAUUCCAGGAAAGUUGUAUUGGCCAAUGUUUGUGGUGGCAGUAUCAGCAUCAAUCAUAGCAAGCCAAGCGAUGAUCUCAGGAACAUUCUCAAUAAUUCAACAAUCACUUUCACUUGGAUGCUUCCCAAGAGUAAAAGUGGUUCAUACAUCAGAUAAGUAUGAAGGGCAAGUCUAUGUUCCAGAGAUAAAUUACCUUCUAAUGCUAGCUUGUGUUGGUGUUACUUUGGGGUUCAAAAACACUACACAGAUUGGGAAUGCAUAUGGAAUAGCUGUGGUUUUUGUGAUGACACUCACAUCCUCUUUCCUAGUACUCAUAAUGGUAAUGAUAUGGAAAACUCACAUCCUUUACAUAAUCACUUACGUUCUCACCAUUGGUACUGUGGAAUUGGUAUAUUUGAGUUCUGUCCUUUACAAGUUUGACCAAGGAGGCUAUCUCCCUCUGGCUUUUGCUGCUGCUUUGAUGACAAUCAUGUAUGUUUGGAAUAGUGUGUUUAGAAAGAAAUACUUUUAUGAACUCAACCACAAAAUCACUUCUGAAAAACUCAAUGAGAUAGUGAAUAGAACCAACUUUAGAAGAAUUCCCGGUAUUGCUUUCUUCUACUCUGAGCUUGUUCAAGGCAUCCCUCCCAUCUUCAAGCAUUACGUUGACCACGUCCCUGCAUUGCAAUCUGUUCUUGUCUUCAUUACCAUUAAAUCACUUCCUGUGAGCAAGGUUCCAGCCGAAGAGCGUUUCCUCUUCAGAAAAGUAGAGGCGAAGGAGAUCGAUGUGUUCCGUUGUGUUGUUCGAUAUGGGUACACGGACGUGAGGACCGAACAUGAAUCAUUUGAGAAGAUAUUACUCGAAAAACUAGACGAGUUUGAGACGGAGCGAGUUGCAUCACAUUCAAACGAGGAAAAUGGAGUGUUGGAUGGAAGAGUUGAAAAAGAGGAUAUUAAAGCAAUUGGAAGGAUUGUUGAAGCAUGGAAAGAUGGAGUUGUUCAUUUGGUGGGAGAAAGUGAAGUGGUUGCUAAAAAAGGGUCAAGUUUUGGAAAGAGAAUAAUGAUAAACUAUGCAUAUAGCUUCUUAAGGAGGAAUUUGAGGCAAAGUGAUCAAGUCUUUGAUAUUCCUCGCAUGCAUAUGCUCAAAGUAGGAAUGACUUGUGAACUUUAGAAGUUAUUAAUUAGUCACUUCCAUUCUGUUUUAAUUUCCUUUUUAACAUCACAAUUUGUAUUACUUUUGUACUUCCCCUUGGUUCAAAUGCUAUUUAUAUAAUUUGUAUAUUUAAUUUAGUAAUUAA